AUGUUUGCAGACCAUGUGGUGAUUCCUCCUCAACUUCGACCUGUUGUGCUACAGAAGUUGCAUGCUCAUUCUGGUACCGGUCGAAUGAAGUCCACUGCACGCAGUUUUGCCUACUGGCCGUGUAUUGACAGCGAAAUCGACUACAUCGUUCAGCGCUCUUCCCGUUGUCAACGAGCUGCCAAAACCUUCGCUCGACAGCCAUUCGUACCGCGGCAAACUCCGGAUAGGCCUUAG